UGUAAAGGAAGAGAGAUUGGAGAAGUGUGGAAACAACCAGAAAUAACAGAAUCAGGAUCAGAAUCACAAUGAAUACUACUCCUUCUCCUUCUGCUUCUGUCUCUGCCUCUGCGCCCUAUAAUUUCCUCUUCUCUUCUUGCCCUGCUUCACGCGCUCUCUCUCUAACCGCAACAGCGACACUCUUCCCUUCUCAUUCUUCGCCUCCCUCCUCUGUUUCCCUCACCACCUCCUUCUCCUUCCUCCAAAACCCUAAUUUCAUUACGGGAAACUCUCUCUUCCAUUCCAUGCAGAGAUUCUGCUCUGGCAGCAGCAUGAGUAGGAACAAAGCAAUGGUGGAAAGUUUGCAGCGUUAUGGAGUGAUAAGAUCAAAUAAGGUAGCUGAAGUAAUGGAGAGCAUUGAUAGAGCAUUGUUUGUUCCCAACGGGGCUGGAGCUUAUAUCGACAGCCCCAUGUCGAUAGGGUACAACGCAACUAUAUCUGCGCCGCAUAUGCAUGCGAUGUGCCUUCAGUUACUGGAGAAGAAUUUGCAGCCUGGAAUGCAUGCUCUCGACAUUGGCUCCGGAACAGGGUAUUUGACAGCGUGCUUCGGCAUGAUGGUUAGACCGGAAGGUCGUGCUGUUGGUGUGGAGCAUAUUCCUGAAUUGGUUUCUUCUUCAAUAGAGAAUAUUCAGAAAAGUGCUGCCGCCCAAUUAUUGAAAGAUGGCUCCCUUUCAGUUCAUGCUGCUGAUGGAAGAAAAGGUUGGCCGGAGUUUGCCCCUUAUGAUGCCAUUCAUGUUGGGGCAGCAGCACCUGAAAUUCCGCAAGCACUUAUUGAUCAGUUAAAGCCUGGAGGAAGAAUGGUGAUCCCAGUUGGAAACAUGUUUCAAGAUUUGAAGGUGGUGGACAAGAAAUCUGAUGGCUCUAUUAGUGUCCACACCGAGACCUCCGUUCGUUAUGUCCCCCUCACCAGUCGAGAAGCUCAACUUCGCGGUUACUGAAAUGGAGGAGGGAUCUUGAAUUUUGGUUCACAUGUCUCUCUGGUUUCGGAAUAUGGGGGAUACACAAAUGUUAGAGUCUGUAUAGUUAAGUUUCUUGGAAUUUUGAAAGGCUAAUGCUACAGAUAUCCGUGGUUGUUAGAACUUGGAUUUCCCUCACAUGGUGUUAGAAUUUGUAUAGUUAGUGUUGAUGCUACUCAACUCCUUGUACCAUAUAAAUAAAGUUCAUCUGCAUAUGCAGUGAUAGUAAUUUUGGAAUUAAAAA